UCAUUUACAAAUUUGUUGAACACUAACUAUAAAAAACAACAACACUAAAAUAACACCUAGGAAACAUGUUUUAUUUUAUUUUAUUAAACAAAGUAAUCGCCAUAGAAAUAACAAAUAAUUAACAGAAAAAACUCUCUACUGCACAAAUAAACGUUCUAGAAAGUUUCAACCUUGUGAUAACCUAAUAACAACUCGCAAUGUCGGAAUCCCGUGAAAAAAUGUGGGAGGAUUUGCAGAGCACCGACCGGCGAACUCGUCUUAAAGCUCUGACAGAACUCGAAACAUUUUGCCAUCGCAUUCUCGACCUUCGAAAAGUCAUAUCCGUCUUCGAUGAAUGUUACUUACAUCUUCUCAAUUGCUACGCCGAUCAAUAUGAAAGUUGUCGAGAGCAAGCUACAAUUACGGUGGCUUCAUUCAUUAAAAAACUGCCGGCCAAUGAUUUCUAUUUGCAGAAUGUGAUUGUCUCUAUGGCCGCAAGAAUGGGCAUGGUCGAGACCAUAGAAGAGAGCGAGGAGAUCCGAUUUUUGCAUCUCAAGCAACUCAGUGCUAUCAUCGAUAAGUACAAGAAAACCGAGGACAAUGACUAUCUCAGUCAUUGCUACGACGAAAUCAUGGACAUUCUCUUCAAGGCUCUGCAUGAUGACUUCCCUGCUGUGCAGAAGGAAGCGUGUGCUUGUAUUGUCAAGCUUGCUAAAGCUACUCAUGUCUUCCAUCAACGUGCCGAGCACUUGGCCAAGCCUCUGUUCACCUUGUUAAAUCACAAACAUUCACAGAAUCGAAUCGCCUCCAUCGAAGCCUGCUAUACCAUUGCUCUGCACCUUAACUCGAAUUCUGAGAUGCUGAUACGUAUCUUUUGUGAGACUUCUCCGCUUCUAAUGGAUCUGAAUCCUUUGGUGAGAAGGGAAUGCGGCCGAAUGGGUUGUCUUAUGCUGAUGGAGCUCAAGGAUCGAUAUUCCUUCUUCGAUCGUAUCAUUCCGCUGGUGUUGUGCUGUUUGAAAGAUGACUCUCCAGAGGUUCGCAAUGACAUUAUCGGACGAUGGAAAGAAUGCGGCAAACUAUACUACGACGAAAAUGAAACUGAACUGAAAAAAAUCGAGAUCGGCGAAAGGAUGCCCUCAAACUAUCCCGAAUGGGAAGAUCGGCCAACAAUUGGAUGUCGAGCAAUUGUGCAGAGGAGUCUCAGACUUGUUCAUACCAUCAUGAGAGAGUCGGGAGACUGGAAAGAACACGUUCGGGUGCAUGCUCUGCGUUUGAUGUAUCAAUUUGUUCUGCAUGCUGAGGCAGCGAUGACUGCGAAAUUCUUCGAAAUAUAUCCCGAUCUGGCCAAGGCGUGCGCUGAUCCCGAUUCUAGUGUCGCUCCUGAGGCAAUGAAAGUGGCUGAUCUAAUGGGACGUCUUUUGUCCUACGCCGACUGGAAAGAGCACGGAAUCGAAGGUUUUGAAAAGAACCCCAAACUGGGCUACGUAAGAUGUUUCUUCCAUUUAUUUGCCGCCGCAACGGAAACCAAUGAAGAAGAUAUCUUGAGAGUAUCGAACAUUCUGGUGAAGAAAGAGUUCUCACAAAGUCUUGAUCCUGAAAUUCAAUUGUACAUCCUGGGUUUAGUUGAUGAACUCUGGAGGAAGCACACAAUUCGCACAACAGAAGAUGCUAUGAGCAGCUUAAAUUUGAAUCCCGACAGCACAAUUGAAAGGAGUUUGUACACCGUUACAAUUCGUAUAAUGGCACUGUCUUAUGGCACGGAUAGCAUAGUUGCGAAAUACAUCAAUCGGAAGCAGGAAAUUCUGGAGAAGAUAGCUUUGUUCAUCAAUUGUGAUGUAGCAACGCUACAUGCGAAACACUUGGCUUGGGUUCUGGAGAAGUUGGACAAUUUGGAUGCCCUCUUGGACAGUCACACAGAACCUAUCAUUUUGCUGUGUGGUAUAAUUCAUCUUUGUGGCUAUCGGCCGUCUUCAUUGGAAGUCCUAAAGCUUAAAAUUCGAACUGUUUGGGAUCAUGCGGCAGAUGAUGCCAAAAUCAAGGUCUUCACUGCUGUGUCAAUUUCAAUGUUAAAAUGGAAAGACACCAUGAAUGGGGAUUGUGAGGAAGAACUUGAGAAAUUCGUAAGUGAGUUGAUUGAGGAGCAUAUUGAAUGGAAAGUUGGAGCUGCUGCAGAGUCGAUGCGAUCUCUGGCAAUAGCUUCGUUGUGUGCUAUCACACAUGGGGCUCCUCUGGCUGCGGUCAAGAUCCUUCCAAAAAUGGCUAAGUAUUUUACGAAUUUGCUUGAAGACAAUUCAGUUUCCACGAGAAAUUAUGCUCUCAAGUGUCUCUUGAACUUUGGUCCACUUGAGGUGGAGAAAUUAAGACCUAUUGCCUUUGGUGUUCUCCAGCGUUUGGAUGAUCCUCACAGUGGAAGUCGUGAAUUAGCAGCAAAAGUUAUUCCCAAACUGAAACCAAUUUGUCCAACAGAGCAUGACCAGGAAAUUUGGAAUGCCUUCAUCAAGAAAGCUUCAUCUUCUCUGUUUCUAUACUUUGAUGGACCAGAAUUAAAACUAAGAGAAACCAUCAAGGGAGUUCUUAUUGAAAUUGGAAAACUCUACCCUGCUGUCUUUGAGGAACCUUUGAAUUGUGCCCUUGCCACAAGUUUCCAAAAGAACGAAGUUCAGAAAAUCAAAGAAGCUGUCUAUGAACAAUAAACGUUUUGAUAAAAUUA